AGAAUUUUUUUGUUCUUGCUGAUCCGAAAAACGAUCCGAUCCAUGACUCAAAAGCAGUAAUAUGAUCUGAAUAAUGAGUUUUGUGAUCUGUUGAAGUUGAACGACUAGUGAUUAAUCUCCUGAUUUUUAGAAAUUUGUUAAGCUUUACUUUACUUUACCUUAAAGUACCUCACUGUACUUCACCUUCCCUAACUUGUCUUUUGGCCUGACCACAGUUUGAAAGCUCAGGUCUACUUGACUAGGCAAACCAUUGACUAGUCGAUUUUGUAGCUUUGUGCUGCCCCACUUUGGACCAAAUGAAGAGUUUUUUUUGCAUGUUUUUGUUUCUGGCUCAAGAGUAUUUUUGCUCAGAGUGUGGACUGGCCUUGGCGUUCACAUAUAGGGGUUCUGAAGGAGAGCUAGACGUCAGAGACACGCAGCAGAUGCAAUAAUAGAGUGCACAUCUGUUAUUUCUCUUCCAGAAUUUUCCUGCUUGGUGACUGAAUUUGACGGUAUAAGAAAUGCUUACUGUUAGUGACGUGCGAAAUGAAGUACCAUGCAAGGUCAAAUUACUUUUGUCUUAGGAGGUCGUUUUAAUAAUGUUUCCAUCUGAAUCAGUUUUUUAGUAUUUUAUUUUGCUUUUAUAUCAUUUAUGGGUCUGCACCUGAACAGUUUGGUACCACACUGAUUUUGCCAUGUGUAAUUUACUGUAUGAAGGCUUUUAGUUCCCUGAGUGCACAUCCUAAAUGGUGCACGACGGAGGCUGAGGAGUUAAGCACCCAAAGAAGAAAUAGGCCAGUUGCAUCCUUUUUUCACACUUCAUGUCUUGAGGAAGGCUGUGUGGAUUGGGGUGUGUGUGUGUCGGAGAUUAGCAUGUGUUAGGUAUCACUGAGUGUCAGGUUCUUGAGGUGACACUCUCUUUGCAUUUGGGAAUGUUACUACAUGCUCACUUUCUGUUCCUGCGUUUUUAUAGUACUUUAGUUUUUAUAGUACUAUAGUUUUUAUAGAUACACACAUUCAAGUCAUAUUCAUCUCAUAAAGACUACACACAUGAACGCUGCAUGUAUGCAUACAUUAUCACCUUUUAUGGAAGUACCCUGCACAUUGUUCCAGUUUACAGUGUGACUCACUGCGUUGAUGCUUCUGGUCCAGGGGUGUGAGAACGGAUUUAUCUGAGACACACACAUCUGCUCUGGCAAUGAAGUGUCUCCAAUUCAUUCUCUCAGCUCUUUUGCCCAUCCAGCACAAAUUCCUAAGCCAUUCCUCAUCAGCAUGAAGCAACAGCAGCAUCAUUUCUUCAAAUCAAAUGAAACUCCUGGAGAUGCGCAAAUGCACCGUCUGCUGUUUUGAACCAUUUGAUAUAGACGACCACCCCCUUACAACACCAAUGACCUUCACCAUUGAUCCAUUUAUCGUUGUGUCUCAGAUUCUGUAAUGGAAAAUAGAGAUGAUGAAGGUGACCAGCAGCACAGCAGUGAAGGGGGCACGGCAGGGGACGGCACCCCUCCUCCCAAGCGCAAGGGCAAGUUCUCUACCCUGGGUAAGAUCUUCAGACCCUGGAAGUGGAGGAAGAAGAAAAGCAGCGAGAAGUUUAAGGAAACUUCAGAAGUUUUGGAAAGAAAGAUGUCGAUGAGGAGGCCAAGACAGGAACUGAUCGAGCAGGGGGUGCUCAAGGAGCUUCCUGACAAUGAAUCAGGUGAGGCCCAUGGCCACAAGACACAUUAUGUGAAGAAUGGUCACACUCUGCCUGUAGGCGUUGGUGGAAGUCUGGGGCUAGAGCAGAUACACUCGCCCUCUGAAUCUGAAUUUAGAGUCAACCCUGUCUGGCUGCCGCAGCUCGAUGACCGCAGAAGUCGUGCCCCUUCUGACGGGGAUCAUCGUGGAGCAUUGGGCCCCCGGGCCUCCAAUCAGGAUGAAGGCAGGAGAAGUGGUUGGUCUGUUGGGACAGAGGACUGGAAAUCUAAUCUGGCCUGGCAAGGAGAUGAUAUCCGACAUGGAGGAAGAAUGCAUGCUGAAGUGGACAAGAGGCUAAUGAAAGCACCCUCAGAGGACGGACGCAGGACUCGCCCCGAAUCGGACUGGAAGCCAACACUUCCUCGCCACUCGUCUGUCGAAGAGGGAAGGGGAAGACGAGAGUCUGACAGCAAUCAAUACGUUCCUAACUCAGAGGUUUUGAGGGAUACACUGCGGGAACCUCUGCCCCCCAAGCAGUCUGUCAUGCCACCAAAAUGGCUGAUGACUUCUACACCGGAAUCUGGUGCUGACAGCUUGCCCCGCACUCCUGUCCACAACCCCGCAUCUGCUUUCUCCUCUUCCUCCUCCAACUCAUCCUCCUCCUCAGCUGUCAGCACAGCUGGAAAACCGCUACGAAACGUGUCCUCGGCUGGCGCCAACACACAGGCCUCCAGCAGCGCUCCCCUUACCACCUCUUCAGCACCAUCCUCUAUGGGCAAUGUCCCAGCCCAGCCCACCAAACAGCCCCCUCUCCCUCCACCAAAGCCAAUCAACCGCAGCAACCACCCCGCCAUGAUGGCCUCCACCCUGCAUGGGGGUGACGGCAGUGAUUUCCCUCUCUACUGGUCCUGUUGGAAGCGUGAGGGUGACCGUGACGUCUACCUGUCCCUGCCUGUCUACCUCUGCCGGCGGGCAGGAGGCAUGCGCACAGCUGAACUCGCACAAGGAGGCACCAACCUAGUAUCGGCCAAGCCCUCACCCCCCAUGCCCCCAAAAAGAACCACGCCUGUCACCAAACGCAAUGCAGAGGACUCCCCUCUGACCAUUUCCUCCCUUCCCUCCAUUCUGUCCGAGGACAUGAGGGCCAACAUCCCUGGGGGCUACCAGUUGCCCCCACUUCCCCCAUCCCCACCUCUCCCCACACACAUUCCCCCUUCCCCUCCACGGGCCCACACCCAUCAUCUCCUCCACCAACACUCCUACCCCUACCCCCUGCCCCAGCCUCUCCCUGUCCACUUUGACCCUCCCAGCCCGCCGGAGGAACCACCAGCCCGUCAAGCUCCCGUUCCCUUACACAUUAUGAUCCAGAGGGCGCUCAGUAGCCCAGGACCCACUCUUCCACACCCAGAUGGCUCCCAGCGUGCCCACUCACUGCUGUUUGAGACGCCACCGGAGUACCAGGGCAGCCGGCCACUGCCAGUAACAAUCCAGCCUCUCAAACUGGAUGAAGAUGACUAUUCCGAUGAAGAUGAGGAGGAAGAGGACGAUGAUGACGAUGAUGAGGAACCUCUACCUGAUCAUCUCCCAUCCCCUCAGUCCCAGCCAGAACUUGAGCCUCGUAGCCGCAGAUGCCUGGUGGGGGAUCUGAGCGUCAGCGUCAUCCCUGAAGGAAACAACAGCAGUGAGGAGGAGGAAGAUGAGGAAGAUCAACGGCCGGAGGAGAGCGACUCGGAUGGGCCUGUGCUAUACAAGGAUGAUGAAUCGGAUGAGGACGAUGACGACGACAGCCCACCAAGUGCUCUGGCCAGCAGGGUGAAAAGGAAGGACACGUUGGCGCUGAAGUUGAGCAGUCGGCCCUCUGCCCCAGACAGGCAGGCUCCUGAGAGGCAGGCCAAAGUAGAGCACAUGGGUCUGUCGUGGCAGAGCAAGGAGCAGUGGGAAGCCAUCCGCACACAGAUUGGUACCGCACUCACACGGCGAUUGAGCCAGAGACCUACUGCUGAGGAGCUGGAACAGAGAAACAUUCUCCAGCCCAAAAAUGAAGCAGACAGACAAGCGGAGGUCAGGGAGAUCAAGCGCAGACUCACCAGAAAGUUGAGUGAACGACCGACUGUUGCCGAACUACAGGCUCGAAAAAUAUUACGUUUCCACGAGUACGUUGAGGUCACAUGCGCUCAUGAAUAUGACCGCCGUGCUGACAAGCCAUGGACCAAACUCACUCCCGCAGACAAGGCUGCUAUUCGUAAAGAGCUCAACGAGUUUAAAAGCUCUGAGAUGGAAGUGCAUGAGGAAAGCAGAAUUUACACAAGAUUCCAUCGUCCUUAACUGCAUCUUUUAACUGGAAAAUGAAGCACUUAAAGGCCGGUGGAUACUGGGAAGACAUGGCUGUUUUUUUUUUUUUUUGAGGAGCCUCAGAGUCUCAGAGCUCCCUUCAGACUGCUUUUACUAUGAAUGUACUACUUCUGAUGCACAGGGACGCCUGGAGCAUUCAGAAACAAAUCAGAACAAACAAAACAGACCGUUUCUCAGUUGUCCACCUACUAUCGUGUGGGACGGGUGACCUCUGGGGGACAGAUGCAGUAUUUCUCCUGGACUUUAGGGGACCCACGUGCCAAGACAGAGAGGCGAUGAAGGACUAAUUAGAGGAUGUUACUUGUGCCAAUGGCAGAUACUCCUCCUUCUACUCUCUGAAAGUUAAAAAUAAUAGUAAUAAUAAUGAUGUGACUAAUAAUAUAGUAAUACUACAGUAAGUGUUAGUUACUGCGCAUAGCAGGGCAGACAGAAGUACUGCAAGAAGGCCUGAGCCUGGAUGUUAUUAUGUAUUUGUGUAUGUUUGUAUAGGCUGCUGUAAUUUUUCUCUUAGUUAUACUCUUUGGAACGUUCUAAAUGUUAGAAACUUUAAGGCACAAGUUUUUUUUCUUUGGCUUUGACCUUCUUUAUUCAAGACAGGGUUACAGAUUCCCCCUUACUUUGUGGUCCUCACUGUUUGAGAAGUCAUAGAGAAGAAUAGAAGAAGAUAGGAUCAAUUUUUUAGAUACAAUGUAAGCGUUAUAUAUAUUUCACUAUUGAUUUGCAGAAAAAAACUGUGAUCUGUUAUCUCUUACAAUCUUGUUUUUAAUCAUAUCACCGUCUGUAAAAAUGAGGUCCAGCUAUUACAGUUUUAAGAAGUGUCCAAAUCAUGUUUACAAAAUAUUUUAUUUCUAAAUAAAAAGGAUUUCCUGAUUAUUUAUUGCCCAUUUAAAAGGAGAAUGAAUUUAGUCCAUACACGCACUGAUACUGUUUUAAAAAUGAAGUUUUUGAUGAGUGUUGUUGACACUGAGGUUAUUGCGGCAGGAACUCUUCUUAAUUUUUUUUUCCAAUUAUUUUGUGUUUUUUUUUUUUUGGCCAGUAGGAUAAUAGGAAUUGCUCUGCUGUACAGAUCCAUUCUGUAGACGACGCUGACUGUUUGUGUAUAUCUUGUCUUCCUUUUAUUUUGAAAAAUAUUUUAAAUAUAUUGAAACUCAUAUAGGUUACUAUUUUUUUAAGCACAAAAUUAUUAGUGUAUUAUUCAACACUACAAUGUAAUGUAGCGUUGUAUAUUCUUGCUUUUUAAUUAUAUGUGAACUUUUAGAAACUGACAGUAAAUUUGCUGUUUGGAUGUAAACACCUCUAAAUCUAAAUUAAAAUGCUUACCAGUAA